AUGAAAUCCACAUCUGAAGUGGAUCCGCAAGAAGAACAAUCCUCAUCUGUCUUCAAAUUUCCUUCACCACAAACAUCGCUUCCUAAAUUGGUGCUGCCUUCAGUGUUUCAAAGGACCGCUAAAACACCACGAUCUCCUCCAGCUGCACCAGCCUCAGUAUCACCAUCAAUCGUUGCUGAAGACACGACUCAACCUACAACACCCUUGGAAAGAUAUGAUCUAAGGACUCCUGUGCAACCGCCACCCUUAUCUCUCGGUGUUACUCCAAUAAUUGAGGAAAUUAGAUCGCUUCCUGCGUAUCCUGAAUCUGCAUCCUCGACCGAUUUCAGCAUCGCAGAAGAUCAACCAUAUGUCGUCCACCAGUCACCAGAGCUGACAUCUCAAUCAGCAGAAGAAUCAUCAAGAACAUCAACGAGAGCAACGAUGGCCAUGGUACCGUUUGCAGAGAUCUACAAGGACAUCCCCAAAUGUCAAGACGAAGGGAAAACGACUGUGCUCCAGACUGGUGCUGCUAAUGCUGCAUCAAUGCAGACGAUGAAGAAUGGAAGCGACAACGAUUACUCUCAGAAGGAUGUCUAUUUCAUCAUUGGUAUUACGGUAGCUGCGACUCUAUUGCUACAGAUGCUGUGGAGACAAAUCUGCAAGCGGCUUGACAACAGAAAACAGCCUCAUCCAGUAACAAUCUAG